AUGGCCUUCUAUGGGAAGGAGACCCAACUAGUGGAUGAGGGGGGCAAGGCUGAGGACGGUGUCUGCCGGGACUUGAGUCAAGCCUUUGGCACUGUCUCCCACAGCACUGUGCUGGAAGAGCUGGCAGCUCAUGGCUCGGACGGUCAGGUGGCAGGUGGGGCCGAGCUGGGCGGGAGGGCGGAUCUGCUGGAGGGCAGGAGGCGGCUUGAUGCAGGGGCAGGGGCCAACUGUCUGCGGGUCAAGGAAGCCGAGCGCCGGGUCCUGCCCUCGGGUCACCCCAAGCCCGGCAGCGCCGCAGCUGGGGAGGAGCGGCUGGAAAGGGCCCGGUGGGGAAGGACCUGGGGGGGCUGGAGGACACGGCUGAAGCUGAGCCAGCAGUGGGCCCAGGUGGCCAAGAAGGCCAACAGCGUCCUGGCCUGGGUGAGCACUGCCCCUGCCAGCUUCCUGUUGUUUAGCCAGAAAUCUGCAAUCAGCCGCAUGAUACCAGAUGACCAGCAGAGUCCAGAUAUCAUCCUGCCUAUGCAUGGCCUAAGGAAUGUCAAAGCUAUCGAUUACGAUCCCUUAGAUAAAUUGAUCUACUGGGUGGAUGGACGUCAAAAUAUUAUAAAACGAGCCAAAGAUGAUGGCACCCAGCCUUUCACUGUGAUGAGCACUCCCAACCAAAGCCAGAACCCGGAGAAGCAGCCGCACGACCUCAGCAUCGAUAUCUACAGCCACACCUUGUACUGGACCUGCGAGGCCACCAACUCGGUGAACGUGCACAGGCUGAGCGGCGAGUCCAUCGGGAUGGUGCUGCGAGGGGAGCACGACAGGCCCAGGGCCAUCGUGGUGAACGCAGAGCGAGGGUACAUGUACUUCACCAACAUGCAAGAGCGAGCUCCCAAGAUCGAGCGUGCGGCCCUGGAUGGCACGGAGAGGGAAGUGCUUUUUACAACCGGGUUGAUCCGACCGGUAGCUCUGGUGAUCGACAACAAACUUGGAAAGCUUUUCUGGGUGGAUGCAGAUCUGAAGCGCAUCGAAAGCUGUGACUUGUCAGGUGCGAACCGCGUGACCCUGGAGGACUCCAACAUCCUGCAGCCGAUGGGCCUCACAGUGCUGGGCAACCACUUGUACUGGAUCGAUCGGCAGCAGCAGAUGAUUGAGAGAGUGGAGAAGAUCAACGGGUACAAAAGGACUAGAAUUCAAGGGCGAAUCGCUCACCUCACGGGCAUUCAUGCUGUGGAAGAGCUUGAUAUGGAGGAAUUCUCCGUGCAUCCGUGCUCCCGUGACAAUGGUGGGUGUUCGCACAUCUGCAUUGCCAAAGGGGACGGCACUCCGAGAUGUUCGUGUCCUGAGCACCUUGUGCUUCUGCAGAAUCUCUUGACGUGUGGAGAGCCUCCAACUUGUUCCCCAGACCAGUUCACGUGUGCAACUGGGGAGAUUGACUGCAUCCCCAUGGCCUGGCGGUGCGACGGCUUCCCAGAGUGCGACGACCAGAGCGAUGAAGAUAGCUGCCCCAUAUGCUCCGCAUCCCAGUUCCAGUGCGAGAAGGGGCAGUGUAUCGAUGCACACUUGCGGUGUAAUGGGGAGAUUGACUGCCAAGAUAAAUCUGAUGAAGCAGAUUGCGACACAAUUUGUCUGCCCAACCAGUUCCGAUGUGAGAGUGGCCAGUGCAUCCUCCCGAAGCAACAGUGUGACUCCUUUCCCGAUUGCAUCGACAGUUCUGACGAGCUCAUGUGCGAAAAGACAAAGUCAGCCUCCGACGAGUCGCAGCCGCACAGCAGUGCCAUUGGCCCCGUCAUCGGUAUAAUUCUGUCGCUUUUUGUCAUGGGAGGGAUGUACUUUGUUUGCCAGCGAGUGGUGUGCCAGCGCUACGCCGGCCCCAACAGCCCUUUUCCCCACGAGUACGUGAGCGGCACCCCACACGUCCCGCUGAAUUUCAUCGCCCCGGGCAGUUCUCAGCAUGGCACUUUUACUGGCAUCUCGUGUGGGAAGUCCAUGAUUAGCUCCAUGAGUCUCAUGGGAGGAAGCAGUGGUGCCCCCUUAUAUGACAGAAACCACGUCACUGGAGCCUCUUCGAGUAGCUCUUCCAGCACUAAAGCCACUUUCUACCCACAGAUCUUGAACCCACCUCCUUCCCCAGCUACCGACCGCUCCCUGUACAACGCAGAGAUGUUUUAUUCCUCAAACAUUCCUUCAACCACAAGAUCUUACAGGCCGUACCUCAUACGAGGGAUCGCUCCGCCCACGACCCCGUGCAGCACGGAUGUUUGCGACAGCGACUACACCACGAGUCGGUGGAAGGCCAACAAAUACUACAUCGAUUUAAAUUCAGACUCAGACCCUUAUCCCCCUCCGCCCACACCUCGCAGUCAGUACAUGUCGGCAGAAGAAAGUUGCCCUCCGUCUCCUGCCACGGAACGAAGCUAUUUUCACCUCUAUCCCCCUCCGCCCUCUCCUUGUACAGACUCUUCGUGACCUCAACAGAAGGAACUUUCCCUGUAAAUAUUUUUAAAUAUGAACAGAUUUAAAAUAUAUAUUUUAUGAUUUAAAAAAUAAAUCGGGGUGGGAAUUUAAAAAAAAAAGAAAUGUGAAUAAAAAGGGAUGGGAGGGACGGGGCUGUGAGAAAUUGUACAGAGGAAGAAUAUUUAUAAAAUUGAUUUUUUUAACUUAA